AUGGAUUUGAGAAAAUAUUUGCAACAAAAUCAUAAUCAACUUACUUGGAAAGUAAAAAUUUUUAUUGUUCAAAGAAUAAUUGAAGCAGUUUAUAAUAUUCAUGAAAAAAAUAUAAUUCAUAGAGAUUUGCAUUCUGGAAAUAUAUUACAUUCUCCAAGAAGUGAUAAGUGGCAUAUUAGUGAUCUUGGAUUUUGUGGCCCUGCAGAUAAACCAACAAAAAGUAUAUAUGGAAAUCUUCCCUAUAUAGCACCUGAGGUUAUUUCUGGAAAACAAACUACAACAGCAUCUGAUAUUUAUAGUGUUGCAAUGCUUAUGUGGGAGGUUUCAUCUGGACAACCACCAUUUAUUAAUUAUGAACAUGAUUAUGAUCUUGCAAUGAAUAUAAUUAAUGGUAUAAGGCCAAGAAUAGUAUCAGGAACUCCUUUAGAAUAUAAAAAUUUAAUUGUACAAUGUUGGGAUGCCGAUCCAUCAAAAAGACUUAAUAUCAGUGAACUUCUAAGAAAAAUAAGAGAAAUUGAUUUAUCAUAUCAAAACAUGCCAAAUGAAUCAUUUCAAACCAAUAUAACUAAUAAUUUAGAAUCAGGUUUUACAAAUACAUAUAACAAAUUAUUUACAAGUAAAAUUCACCAAUUUGAAAAUUUUCCUGAACCAAGAAAUGCAACUGAAGAAGAACAAGAAGAAUUUCACAGUAAACCACAUGAUUUUCAUAUUCCUGAUAAUAUUGAUGAUUUUGAUAAAUCAAGUACUAAUCAGAAAAGCAAUAGUGCAUCAUCAACAAUAAGUAAUAAUUUUGAAGGUAAUUUCAUCCGCAAGUUAUUGAAUUUAUCAUCUACUAACUCUUCUUCUGAACCCCGAAAUGUGGAGAAUUAGCAACGUUAUCUUUUUAUAUAUACUAAACAAUUAAUAUUUAAUACUUUUUAGGCGAUAACAAAGACUUACUAACAAAAUUUAAUGAAUUACAAAUAAAUUCAGAAAAUGGUAGGCGAAUAAUAUAAAAAUAGAUAAUAUAUUGAGUCGUAGCAGGCUGCUUCCUAAGGAGAUCAGGCCAAGGGGAGCCAAGGCAACCUAAACUAGAUGUUCGUUUUUUCAAAGGGUUUGUGGUCUAACUGGAAAAACAAUUAAUAACUAUUAAUUAUAAUAAUAAUUUUUAUUAUUUAGAUACCCAAAAUAAUUUUAUUAAAGACGAACAACAAAUAAAAAAUUAUCAUAUUGAUAUUAGUGAUGAAGAUGAGAUAUGUAAUAAUCCAAAUUUU